CCCGGGCGGUGCGCUGGGGGCCGCGGGGCGUCGCAGGAAAUGACUUAGAGGCCUUAUGAAUACAUUUGUGCGUUCUUGCUUCAGACUGUACAAUUGAGGGCCAACCCAGUCUGGAAGUACCUCUUGUUCCUGUUGCAAGGAAACCACUACCUCAGCAAACAAAAGGAAAGAAGGAGAAGACUUACACCAUUUUUUACAAAGAAACCAACUUGCUUCCCAAAACGGUUUCGGUGUUGCUAAGAGGCUCUGUAGGCAAGUGGUCUGACAGGCAGGCUCUGUCAGGGUUCUCCAGAGACUUGAUCUUCCUUCUUCCGGACUUUGUGACGCAAUUCUGUACUGCUUUUAAAAUUGCUGUUGAUCAGCUUGUGGGUUCUGGGUUCUAACUUUUUUCAUAUAUUAAAGAUACAUUCUAUUACAUUUUUAAAAGUUAAGUUAUUUUUCUGCCAUUGUAAAUAAAAAUAUCAGAAUAUUGUUGCAUAACAAUUAUAAGUAAAUGUUUUUCUUAGCAAUCAUAUCUUUUUAUUGAGAGUGGAAUGCUAAACAGUUUUUCUACAGCAUUUUGGACACACUUUUAUUUUUUGUCAGUGGUUCUGUGUGCACUGAAAAUACUAAUUAUAUAAAACCUGUUGUCCUCCCAUCUACAUUGGAUCAUAUGGUCAUCUGCUUCAUAGAAAUGCCUUUUUUAAAACUCAGAUUUGCAGAACUUCACUAUUUUUAUACCUAGCAACAGUUUUGAACAAAAGAAUAAAGAAAGGAAAAUUCAGGCCCUGACCUGCUUCCGGGCCCUGGGACAGUCCCCCUCCCGCAUGUAUUGCUGCAGUGCCCAGGACAGUAAAAUGGACUACAAGCGGCGCUUCCUGCUUGGCGGGUCCAAGCAGAAGGUGCAGCAGCACCAGCAGUACCCCCUGCCUGAGCUGGGCCGGGCCCUGAGUGCUCCCCUGGCAUCCACAGCCCCCUCCGCCCCCCUGGGCAGCCUGACUGCCACUGGCAGCUGCCACCACGCUAUGCCCCACUCCACCCCCAUCGCAGACAUCCAGCAGGGCAUCUCCAAAUACCUGGACGCCCUCAACGUCUUCUGCCGCGCUAGCACCUCCCUCACGGAUCUCUUCAGCACCGUGUUCAGGAACUCUCACUACUCAAAGGCGGCCCUGCAGCUCAAAGACGUGCAAGAGCAUGUGAUGGAAGCAGCCAGCCGGCUGACCUCGGCCAUCAAGCCCGAGAUUGCCAAGAUGCUGAUGGAACUUAGUGCCGGCGCUGCCACCUUCACAGACCAGAAGGAGUUCAGCCUCCAGGACAUUGAGGUGUUGGGGAGAUGCUUCCUGACUGUGGUGCAAGUCCAUUUCCAGUUUUUGACUCAUGCAUUACAGAAGGUCCAGCCGGUGGCUCACUCUUGUUUUGCUGAGGUUGUUGUGCCAGAAAAAAAGAAUAGCAACAGUGGCGGCAGCUUAUCCGGCAUGGGCCACACGCCAGAACUGGAGGAAGCUGUGCGGUCCUGGCGCGGGGCUGCCGAGGCGACAUCUAGGCUGAGAGAGAGAGGCUGCGAUGGCCGCUUGGCAGGAAUUGAAGUUCAGCAGCUCUUCUGCUCUCAAAGUGCAGCGAUUCCUGAGCACCAGCUAAAGGAACUCAACAUGAAAAUCGACAGUGCUUUACAAGCAUAUAAGAUAGCUCUGGAAAGCUUAGGUCACUGUGAAUAUGCAAUGAAAGCUGGCUUCCACCUGAAUCCAAAGGCAAUUGAAGCGAGUUUGCAGGGCUGCUGCAGUGAGGCGGAAGCCCAGCAGACAGGGCGGAGGCAGACACCCCCACAGCCCAUGCAGUGUGAGCUCCCCACUGUUCCCGUGCAGAUAGGACCACACUUCCUGAAGGGUGUCUCCUUUAACGAGUCGGCCGCUGACAACCUCAAACUCAAGACGCAUACAAUGUUACAACUCAUCAAAGAAGCUGGCUGUUACAAUGGAAUCACAUCCCGGGAAGACUUUCCUGUGACUGAAGUGCUCAACCAGGUGUGCCCGUCCACCUGGCGGGGUGCCUGCAAGACUGCCGUGCAGCUGCUCUUCGGCCAGGCUGGGCUGGUGGUGGUUGACACAGCACAGAUUGAAAAUAAAGAAGCCUAUGCACCCCAAAUCAGUUUAGAAGGUUCCAGAAUCGUGGUUCAAGUCCCAUCCACAUGGUGCCUGAAAGAAGACCCGGCCACCAUGUCCCUGCUGCAGAGAAGCCUCGAUCCCGAGAAGACGCUGGGCCUGGUUGACGUGCUCUACACCGCUGUGCUGGACCUGAACCGCUGGAGAGCAGGGAGGGAGCAGGUCUUACCCUGCAUACAGAUCCAGCUUCAAAGGGAAAUCUGUGAUUUUGGAAGUCACGCUGACCUGCCUUCUGGAAAUGGAAACAAAUCUUCAGGUGGCUUGCAGAAGACAUUCUCCAAACUGACAUCCCGGCUCACCAAGAAAGCUUCAUGUACCAGUUCAAGCAGCAACACAAACUAUUCCAUCCCAAAUACCCCUUCCAAAAAUAUUUUCAUAGCUGGGUGUUCAGAAGAGAAGGCCAAAAUGCCCAGCAAUAUUGAUACACGGUUACAAAGCAUCUUGAACAUUGGUAAUUUCCCUAGGACUACAGACUCUUCCCAAUCAGCUCAGAAUUCCAGUAAUCCAAUGGCCAAUGGUUUUCUCAUGGAGAGACAUGAGAACUUCCCACAUGGGGAUGAUGGCAAGGACGAGAAGGGGAUGAAUUUACCAAGCGAUCAGGAAAUGCAGGAGGUGAUUGAUUUUCUCUCCGGAUUUAACAUGGGCCAGUCACAUCAGGGUUCCCCACUGGUGACAAGACGUAAUUCUUCCACUGCAGCCAUGGUGACCGACCAGAAGGCAGGACCCAUGCAGCCACAGCAGCCAUCCCUGCCAGUGCCCCCUGCACCACGGCCACCCCAGGCUGGAGCACAUACCACUCUGACACCACAGCCAGGACUGGCACCUCAGCAGCAGUCCCCAAAGCAGCAGCAACCCCAGGUUCAAUACUACCAACACCUGCUUCAGCCCAUUGGACCACAGCAGCCCGCACCCCAGCCUCGAGCCCCCGGGAAAUGGGUCCCUGGCUCGUCGCAGCAGCCAGCACAGCCCGUCGGGCCAGGCCUGUCUCCUCUCGGCCAGUGGCCUGGCAUGUCUGACCUCAGCUCGGACUUGUACAGCUUGGGUCUCGUGAGCAGCUACAUGGACAAUGUGAUGUCGGAGGUUUUAGGACAGAAGCCACAGGGACCUAGAAAUAACACCUGGCCGAACCGUGACCAAAAUGAGGGUGUCUUUGGAAUGUUGGGAGAGGUUCUACCUUUUGAUCCUGCAGUGGGCUCUGACCCUGAGUUUGCACGCUAUGUGGCAGGAGUGAGCCAGGCCAUGCAGCAGAAACGGCAAGCCCAGCAUGGCCGCCGUCCAGGCCACCCCCGGGGCCACUGGCCUCCCAUGGAUGAUGCCCAUCGGACCUGGCCGUUCCCAGAGUUCUUCACAGAAGGGGACAGCCUGCACAGCGGCUGGGCUGGUGCUCAGGGAGACUCCGCCAGCUCGAGCGACGAGGCAUCCUCGGCCAAUGGGGACAGCUUGUUCUCCAUGUUUUCAGGUCCUGACCUUGUGGCUGCUGUCAAGCAGAGAAGGAAGCACAGCAGUGGCGAGCAGGAGACCAGCACGCUGCCCUCACCACCUCUCCUCGCUACCGUGGAGGACAUGAACCAGGAAAACAAAACCAAAACGUGGCCACCCAAAGCACCUUGGCAGCACCCCUCCCCACUGCCCAGCACACUGCCCAGCCCAAGCACGCCACUCUAUGCAGUCACCAGCCCCGGCAGCCAGUGGAACGACACCAUGCAGAUGCUGCAGUCACCGGUGUGGGCUGCCACCAGCGACUGCAGUGGCGCCUCCUUCAGCUACGUGCAGACUCCUCCGCAGCCUCCACCCCCACCAGCACACAAGGUGGCACCCAAGGGCUUCAAGGCCUUCCCUGGGAAGGCUGAGCGCAGGCCGGCUUACUUGCCCCAGUACUGACCAGGACCAGCCUGCCUGCCUCCCCGGGCUGUUGGGGUGAGAGUACCCACCCUAGGGCCUACUGGCUGGCACCAGCCACCCACAGGACCAGGGCACCCCUGUAUCACAGAAGAGGCUUCUCGGGGAUGGGGGUGGUUGGCAGCUCCAGACCUUGGAAACCUGGAUCCUCAGGCUUGGGAGGCAUCAGUCCCCUGGCAAGCCAGUCACCCCGGCUUCUGAGCCUUGGGGGAGACGAGGGAGACGCUGUGUGCUCACCAAGACCUCAGGCGAUUCUGACAAGCAGGCGAGGCCUCCCUCAGAGGUUUGUAAGCCAGUCCAGCUGUGUUGGAAGCACCAGGACUGCAAGCGGAGAGCAAACUGACCAUCUUCUGAAACCCUCUAUUCUUUUUGACAUGUUGUGGUGACCAUACCAAUCACUGUAUUUUCUAGCUACUUUUCCCUUAGGUUUUUAGU